CGCGCUGCCGCUGCUGCCGCCGCCGCCGCCGCAGUCCUUAGCUUCCCGGGGACAGGAAACCUUCAAGACCGAGCUGCCACGGCCGCCUCCCCGCCCGCCCCUCAUUCUACGCGCCUGCCCACACCCUCCUCCCCUCCUUCCAGCGCCUUUCGGUGGAGCACUGCGGCACUCAGCACGAGCUGCCGUUUUCCCCUCGCGGGGAACGCUGUGACCCCCCCGCAGGAGCGGCGGGGCGGGGUGGGGGGGCCCGGGAGAAGAUGGCGACGCCGGGAAGCGAACCCCAACCUUUCGUCCCGGCCCUUUCGGUAGCUACUCUGCACCCACUUCAUCAUCCCCACCACCAUCACCACCACCACCACCACCACCACCAUCAGCACCACGGAGGAACCGGCGCCCCUGGCGGGGCGGGUGGUGGCGGCGGCGGCAGCGGGGGCUUUAACCUGCCCUUGAACCGGGGUCUGGAGCGCGCGCUUGAGGAGGCGGCCAACUCCGGGGGAUUGAACCUGAGCUCCAGGAAAUUGAAGGAAUUUCCCCGUACCGCAGCCCCCGGGCACGACCUCUCGGACACUGUGCAGGCAGAUUUAUCUAAGAACAGACUGGUUGAAGUUCCAAUGGAAUUGUGCCAUUUUGUAUCACUGGAAAUUCUUAAUCUGUAUCACAACUGUAUCAGAGUCAUUCCUGAAGCCAUCGUUAAUCUCCAGAUGCUGACUUACCUGAACUUGAGUCGAAAUCAGCUGUCCGCCCUGCCUGCCUGCCUGUGUGGUCUGCCUCUCAAAGUCUUAAUCGCGAGUAACAACAAACUUGGAUCAUUACCAGAAGAGAUAGGCCAGCUCAAACAGUUAAUGGAGUUGGAUGUCAGCUGCAACGAAAUCACAGCGUUGCCCCAGCAGAUAGGUCAGUUGAAAUCUCUACGAGAACUGAAUGUCAGAAGAAAUUACCUUAAAGUUUUACCACAAGAACUAGUAGAUCUUCCCUUGGUAAAGUUUGACUUUUCCUGCAACAAAGUGCUCGUGAUUCCAAUUUGUUUUAGAGAGAUGAAGCAGCUGCAAGUGUUGCUACUUGAGAAUAAUCCUCUGCAGUCUCCUCCAGCACAGAUUUGCACAAAGGGCAAAGUUCACAUAUUUAAGUAUCUGAGCAUACAAGCAUGCCAGAUUAAGACAGCUGACUCCCUUUAUCUCCACACCAUGGAGAGGCCACAUUUACACCAGCACGUGGAAGACGGCAAGAAGGAUUCUGAUUCGGGAGUUGGAAGUGACAAUGGAGAUAAGCGAUUAUCUGCCACCGAGCCUUCUGACGAAGACACUGUUAGCCUCAAUGUGCCAAUGUCGAAUAUCAUGGAAGAAGAACAGAUCAUCAAGGAGGACUCGUGCCACCGCCUUAGCCCCGUUAAAGGGGAAUUUCAUCAGGAAUUUCAACCGGAGCCUUCCCUGUUGGGUGACAGCACCAACUCAGGAGAAGAAAGAGACCAGUUUACUGAUAGAGCAGAUGGUCUCCAUUCGGAAUUUAUGAACUAUAAGGCAAGGACAGAAGACUGUGAAGAGCUGUUACGGAUAGAAGAGGAUGUACACUGGCAAACCGAGGGCAUAAUAAGUUCAUCCAAAGAUCAGGACAUGGAUAUAGCAAUGAUCGAGCAGCUGAGAGAAGCGGUAGAUUUGCUGCAAGAUCCCAAUGGAUUGAGCACAGAUAUGACAGAGAGAAGUGUUUUAAACCUAUAUCCUAUGGGAUCAGCAGAAGCCUUAGAAUUACAAGAUUCUGCACUGAAUGGUCAAAUACAGCUGGAAACAUCUCCGGUGUGUGAGGUGCAAAGUGAUCUAACAUUACAGAGUAAUGGGAGCCAGUAUUCUCCAAAUGAGAUUAGAGAGAACUCCCCUGCAGUCUCUCCUACCACAAACAACACAACUCCAUUUGGCCUGAAGCCUCGAUCAGUGUUUCUAAGACCUCAGAGAAAUUUGGAAUCUAUAGACCCACAGUUUACAAUCCGGAGGAAAAUGGAGCAGAUGAGAGAAGAGAAAGAGCUGGUGGAACAACUUCGUGAGAGCAUUGAGAUGAGAUUGAAGGUCAGUCUACAUGAAGACCUGGGGGCAGCACUCAUGGAUGGUGUUGUCCUCUGCCAUCUGGUCAACCACAUCCGCCCACGGUCGGUUGCAAGCAUCCAUGUCCCGUCACCAGCAGUUCCCAAACUUAGCAUGGCCAAAUGCAGAAGAAAUGUGGAAAACUUUCUGGAAGCAUGCCGAAAAUUAGGAGUACCAGAGGAAAAGCUAUGUCUACCCCACCACAUUCUUGAAGAAAAAGGCCUGGUCAAAGUGGGCAUUACCAUUCAAGCAUUACUAGACAUCACCAUAACGAAGGCUCUAUUCACAUGAAACUACCCCUUCUCCACUGGGGGCUCAGACUCUGCUCUCAUCCAGGAUCCUGAACUCUGCUCCAGGCACCUGUUUAACCCUCUCUGCCACCCACUGCCUGUCACUUCACUGACUCCAGUUACAUUGAAACAAUUUUCAGUCUAAGGGAGGAUUUUCUACCUUUCAGAGCCGACCUCCGACUUUAAGACUUGACAGGUAUUUAUCUUGAAACCAGAGAGGGAGCUGGAGAAAAAGAAAAAACUGAGCAGCACAUCAAUGCCUUUUCCACCCUCCUUCAUCCUUUCCACACUCACCAACUGCCAUUACCAAAAUGCCAAGCACAACCGUUUUGCAGCAAGAUGCAUUCAUUUUAUUAAAACCAAACUCAUCGUGUAUUUAGUCAAGGGGGGAGGGGGGCACAAUCAGGUUUUUCACCACCAAAUUUUUCAAGAAGUUUCUUGAGACCAUUGCCUUUUAAAAAACUAUUUUCGACAUACAAAAUAUUUAUAUAAAUAUUAUUUAUUAGUGAGUUGUUAUUCAUCCUUUGGAUGCAAAUUGUAAAUUAGGAAACUAUUUUAUUACUGCUUUUUUGUGGUUAAACACUUUAUUUUAAUAUUAUAAAUAUUGAGUUAUUUUCUAUCCUCUUUGGUGUGCAGUAGUUUAGGUCUCAGUAAUCAUGUUUCUGGUGUAUAUGAUUCCAAGAAAAAAAAAAAGCAAAAAACAGGUGCUUUUGGGACACAACUUUUCUGGGGAGGCAGUAUUGACACUUUGGUUUGUGGAACGUUGGUCUUAUUUAUAUUUCUGCAUUCCAUCCAGUUUCCUACAUUCCAGCAGCCCUCUGUCCCCCAAUAUAACAAACUGACUAAAAUCAAGAGAGCACCCCAAAGUUAUUUGUAAAUAGCUGUGAUGGAAAAAAAAAAGACAUAUUAAACUUGAAGAUAAAAUGUGAACAAUUAUUUUUUGGAUUCAUACUUCUUUUGCUAUGCACAAAACAUUCACGUUUUAACACAAAGAAAUAAUAAGUGUUAGCAUCAUGUGUCUUGAAGUAUACUUUUGCACUGUAACUUGGGUUACAUUAAAGAGAGCUUUGCACCAAAGGUAGAUAAUGAAGAAAUGGUAUAGGAAAGUGGAGAUGAUAAAAAGUUGAUUGUUGAACCAAAAAGGAUUUGAAGGGAAGCUUUGACUGAGUAUCAGAAAUUACUUAAGGCACAUAGGACCUGAAUCAGGAAACCAGCACUUCUUACAACUGCCAGUUUUAAAAGAGGAAAUGAUUCUGAGAUGUGCUUAUUUUAUUUUAAUUUGGUGGUUGGUGGUUUUCCAAGUAGUCUGUAAAAUCCUGCAAGAUUCACAGUCUCUGGUGUGAAACCUCAGAAGUGAGUCAUUGUGAGCCUGUGGGCAGUACCACCAAGGCAGGCUAAGGGGAGGGUGCAGUAAGUGGAGUUUGUGAGGCUGAGUGGCUGAGGAGGGAGCAAGUGCAACAAAAUAGGACUAGAGAAGAACCAGCCAAGGAAUGGAACCCAUGCUGCUCUCAGAGAUUCACAGAUGGCUUCACGGAACAUGGCAGCCUUCUGCAGGCAGUUCCAGGCAUGCGCACUCACGCUGCAAUCACAGCUGUCCCAGUAAUUAACCUUUCUAAGUCUUGCAAAUGCUGACUGCACUUUCACCUCCUUGAAAAGCCAUUGGAAGUUUUUAGAGCAGCAGCAGCCACAGUUUGUAAGACAAAUGUAGAGGGGGACGCAAGAGAAAAGACACCACAGGAGGAGGAUUCAGUGUGCAGUCAGCACAGAGCAACAUCAACCAAGACAACGGCUGCCCUCUGCUCUUGGGAAGAUGGGGGGAGGUUUCUGAAAACAGAAAUUUGGAUUGGCAGCUAGCAGUUAUUUCCUAUCAGAUGUACUGUGCACUUUAACCUAACUUAAAAUGUAUUUUAGUAUUUUUCUGUACUGCACAAAUACCUGUUUUGUCAAAUAGCAUAAUGAUGUAAAGAAGCAUUUUGGACAAAGAGUGUAUAUACAGUUUAAGCAACAUUCAAAAGUUGACUAUAUAAGUAGGAAUUUAGCCUGCUGCACCUUCACGGGCAUUCAGAAUGCGGGGUCCUGAAAUAUUUUUUUAUGUGUAUAUAUGGUGGCAUGAAGCUCUGUAAUCAUUGUUUCGAGAGACUUUUUUUCAAAAUUAAAGUAUUUCUUUUGAUAUUAAUUUUUAUUAUUUUCUUGAAGUUGGCUGUGUAAUGUAAAUGGCUUCAGUCUUGUAAAAUUGCUUUUUUUUCUUUUAAAUGCAGUCCGUGUAUGGCUAAGACGUCUUUAAGAUCCUUGUACACUGUUUAUAUGUGCAAUAAAAUGCAUGGCCAGCCGACAGUACCAUCAGUGGACAGAAUGUAUAUAGUGCAAAUAUCCUUCCUUUAUUAUUUAACAGCCAUUAAAACUUCAGAUUUGUACAAA